AUGGUAGAUCUAUUAAAUCUUUUUGCAGACAGGAGUGAUCGACCGCAAUUAGCCGACAACCAAACAAAGAGUGGGAUGGUUGCAGAUCAUACCGACCUACUGAAAAAGCCCCGAGCCCAACUUAAAAUCAACGAAAUGGCAGCCGAAAUUAUCUCAUCUACAUACGUAAAAGAGGUCGUGGCCGGCACCUUCGCUGGUUGGGCUCAAGUAACAGUAGGAUUCCCCUUCGACACAGUUAAAGUUCGACUUCAAACCAGCGGACAGUGGUAUCAUAAUGCCAUGGAUUGCUGUAAAUCAAUAAUCAGAAAUGAGUCGUUCCUUGGAUUUUACAGAGGGGUCAAUUCUCCUUUGUUGGGAAUUGGGAUCUGCAACGCGACCUUGUUUAGCGUGAACUCAAAACUUCGCCGACUAGUUAGCGGCGGUGACACGACACGAACGCUCUCACUACGCGAAGUUGGCGCAUCUGGUGCACUUACCGGCGCAGUAAUGGCAUUUAUCAAUACUCCGGUGGAACUACUUAAAGUGCAAUUGCAAACACAACAUACCGUUAAUGCCUCAGUCUCUAAGCCAUACAAAGGAGUAGUUGACGCCGGAAUUCAAAUAUUUAAGAACCGCGGAAUUGCUGGUUUAUAUCGUGGUAUUACAAUAACCAUACUGCGAGAUAUUCCAAGCUUUGCGACAUAUUUCUUUGUAUACGACGGAACAAAACGAAUAAUAGGGAACAGAAAAAAUGGUAGUCAUGGUGAUCUCACACCUUUAGAAUUACUUUUUGCUGGUGGAAUGGCCGGUGUUGCUUGUUGGAUUCCUUGCUAUCCACAAGACGUAAUCAAGAGCAGAAUGCAAAGUGAUCUCAAGUUUAAAUCAACUGGUGAAUGUUUUCGUGCGUUAAUCGCGCAUUCAAGGCAAACAAAUACUUCAAUAUUUCGUUCUUUUUCCAAGGGCUUCGGACCUACUAUGGCAAGAGCAUUUCCUGCCAAUGCAGCAACAUUUUUUGCUUAUGAAAUG